UAGUUCGUUUCAGUGUAUUUUAACACAGUGUUUGUCCCACAUAAAUGCAUUUUUAUAUAAAGUUCCAUACUUUACAUGAAAAGAAAUUCAAGAUUUUCAUAACUGCAAUCAUCAGUCCAAAGUAAUAACAUGAUCAAUGGACUCUUUUCAGGUCGCAGCAUCGAUGCUGAAGCAAACAGAUUUUAUACCAAAUUACCCAAACCUUCCUUCUACGCUCAUCUGCUUGCUUCACAGUGUCACACUACAUGCUGAUACCGAGACAGAUGAAGUCUAUGCACAAAUGACUCUUCAACCUGUGAAUAAGUACGACAGAGAAGCAUUGCUAGCAUCUGAUAUGGGUCUGAUUCUGAAGCUAAACAGACAACCUACUGAGUUUUUCUGUAAGACACUUACAGCGAGUGACACAAGCACUCACGGUGGGUUCUCUGUACCACGCCGUGCAGCUGAGAAAAUUUUCCCUCCUCUUGAUUUCUCCAUGCAACUAGCUUAA